AUGGAACAAAAUCAACAAGGGCAGCAAGUGGUGCUACUAGGAGAACGCAGAGAACAAGAAGAACCAAGUGCUGCCUGCCAGAUUUGCAGGCGCAAUGGCUUUAGAGGACACAAAGGAAUGCUUAUCCAUCAAUCAAAGAAUGUAUUGUGUAGAGAAAUGCGACGUCUAGUCGAGGCUCGUGAGGCAUUAGUGGGAGCUGGUCAAGCAGAAGGUAGAAAUGCUGUUGUUGAACGGACUCAGCAUGAACAGGUCGUAGAAGAGCAAAUGGAACAAGCACCAGCACAAGAGCAAGCUGCUCAACCAACAACACUCGUUGGUAAAGCAUGUGCUAGUGGCAAGGAAUUCGUGGGGGCUAUCUUUAAGCUUAUUCAAUGGAUUUUCAAAAUCAUUUAUUCUCUGAUGAUCUUGUUCCUUGGAUUUUCAAACAUCUACUUUUUGUAUCUGUAUCUGACCGAAAAAGCGCCCAUUAUCAACAAAAGCACCUAUCUACUAUCGCCCAAUUUCGAGGAGGAAUUUAGGAUCAUGUAA